CUUGCUGCGUAUUACUAUAGCGAAUCAUUAAGGAAUUUUAAAAUAAAAUAAGAAUUUAGUUUUACAUGAUCAAAGCCAAACGAUGGGUAUUAGACAUCUAGAAACUUAUGUGUGCUCUGAAGUUCGCAACGGAUUUGUUAAAACUAACAUUGAGUUUGAAAUCAACAAAUACUAUGUCAGGGCUAAUCAACCGAACCCUCCACCACCGAUUAUCGUCAUUGAUCUGAUGUCCCUAUACCGCCCGGUGAGCCAUGCGGACCUUCCAGGAUUGCUGUGCGGAGGACGAUUCAACCAGGUCGCACAUUUGCUGGAACAGUUCUUCGUCAGGAUAAAGAACCUCGGUGCAGAAUUGGUAUUCUUUUACGAUGGACCAGUGCAAGAUACUAAAUACGAUACAUGGACGCAGCGCCAGGAUGAAAAAUACAACAAAAUUAUGGAAAUAAUCGAUUCCGUGGACCGUGCAUCCGAUCUUGCUUGGAUGGCAAGCCGAUUCCGGAAUUCCAUUCCUAAUAAUACUUUGUAUCCGGUUAGGCAGAUGGCAUCGAAGCACGGUGAAUUGAUUAUAUCUAUUGCGAAGGAAUGCGACCAGGAACUGGCUGCCUAUGCCAAUCAGGUUCAAGCGAUAGCCAUCAUAUCGAAUGACACCGAUUUUAUGAUAUACAAGGGAUUCUGGCGGUACUGGUCGGCUAAGGAUAUUCAUUUCGAAACGCUAGACACGAUGGAGUACAACCGAUUGGCGCUGGUUCGAAACAUGGGGUUGAGUUUCAAGCAGAUGCGACUUUUGGCCACUUUGGGUGGAAAUGACGUCAUCAAGUACGAAGAAGUAAGACAUUUUCAUUCGAAGCUGGGUAGCCCCAGGGAGAAGUUUCCCAGACUGGCGGAUUUUGUACGGCAGCAAGCAUUGCCUGAAAGCUUGCACCAAGAUAAAAUACUCUGUAGUUUGCUGAACCAUGUUUUUGGAAAAGCUGCUGUAAACGAAGAUUUGAAGGAACGUUUCUUAGCUAGUUUGGAUUUCUACGAAACCGAUUACCAGCCUCAAAAUACGAACAUUAUAGAUGAUCCAGUCGUUGAUGUCCUCCUCAAACUGGAGAACACUUUUUUAUUUCAAAUUUGGGUAGGUCGCCCCGUUAAUGUAACUGCCUUUUUUGUAGACAUGAGAAGGGGAGAAUUUGGGGAGCAUUAUCCACACCUGGUGAUCCCGUUAGUGAUGCGUCAAGCGGGAGUCGUGCUCUACCACAGGCAAAUGCUUUCGGACAGUUCAACACGGAAGAUUAUGAUCAAAAUGUCCCACGAUGCUGGCCACUCGUUUCAAAAUCUACCGGUUGAAUUUCCACAGCAUAUUACGCCCCCUCCUCUAUUGGAUUUGCUGUCUCGGCAAAUCGAUAUCCAAACAAGCCUGCAGGAUAUCAAACGGCAACUAUUCGCUUGGAUCGCAUCCGAUACCUUGGACCACCGUCGAUUGCAGUCAGUACCGGACCGAUUGCUUGCUCCGGUGGCUACCUUGUACUAUCUCGUGGAGAAACAUAUCCUCGAUGUGUUCGAAGCUGAUGUCCUGCUGCAGGUAUCCCAUGACGUAGUAUUCCAGACGUACGACUUUCAAGCCGUUAAAUAUCCUACCAUGUUAGGGAAGCGUCCGUUCCGUAUAGCAUUUCUUUAUCUGAAGAUCUACAACCACUUCAGCAAAAUACGCACGCUGCUCGGAUUCGAUGAGGAACCGUUUUUGUUUUUUGACGGAGUGCUUUUCCACAAUCGCUAUGCGGAGGCGGUGAAACAAGCUGCCAGCUUGGAACAGAUCAAACAGUGGAGAAUCUACGAUGUAUUGGUCGAGAAGUAGAUGUUCAUUUGUUACCUAUUAUAUUACCAUAUUUAAGAUGCUUGGAGAUCUUUACUAUCUUUAUGUUUUUGAGUAAUGAUAAGAGUGUACAAAAGAAGUGCAAUGAAGUUGAAGCAAUAGCUGAAA